UGUUCGUGUAUACUUUGAACAAAUGGUAACUUGAUGUACCAACAUUCCAGUUUAUGCAAGGCUUUGUUAAGACGCAGGGAAGAUUAAUCUUCAAAACCAUUUUUCAAAAACAAAAACGAAACAAUCGAUCAAAGUUUGAGUGCAAAUAUAUUUAUAAAAUUACAGUUCAAGUGUAUUUUAAUCCAAUAAUAUGCAUAAGAAUAGCCAAAUAGAGUAUGCAAUGGGUAACAGCGCUGCAAAAGAUAUAGAAAGUACUCAAAAUAAUGAAAAGAUUACAACCUCAUUGGACUUAUCAGGUGCUCUAGUGAUAAACAAAAAUUAUUCAGACAAUAAAAUUGCUAACAAUAAUGAUAAUGAAAAUAAAAAUCCUGAAUUAGCUGAAAAUAACACAAAAAUUAAAGAAUUAGUUCAUCAAGUUUACCUUUCUCUAAACAAGUAUGGAUAUUUUAGCACGUUGAUUCCUCCACAUAAAAAUGUUACAUGUCAAGCAUGCAAUCAAGUCAACUUUGUAGUCGACCGUUAUAAAUGUUUGGUGUGCAACGAAUACGAUCUUUGCGGAGUUUGCUUUGAAUCAAGAAAGAUAACUGCGCCACAUGUUAAAGCUCAUCCUAUGGUUAGGUAUAGUGGACCAAAAGAAAUAUUUGGCGAUGAAAUUGAGGGGGAAAAUGUUACUCUUGAAAAGUUUAAAAAAAAGUUUGAUGGAGUGGAGCACGAAACAACAUGCAAAGGAUGCAACUCUCAUCCAAUUUUUGGUUUGCGGUUUAAAUGUGACGAAUGCAACGAAUUCGAUUUAUGCCAUAAAUGUUUUGAAAAAAAAACUGAAAUAAAUGAUCAUAAAAAAGAACAUUCUAUAUUAGUAUGUUAUAGCAUUCGAAAUGUGAAUCCAUCUGACAUUGAACUUUUAGAACGUUUAGGUAGCGGUGCAUUUGGUACUGCACACAAAGCAAAAAUAAUUUCUAAAAACAAAAUAGUUGUUUGCAAAGUAUUGGAAUGGCAAUUACAACAUCUUUUUUUAGGCUUAGACGUAAACAGUUUGUAUAAGAGCUUUAUUCGUGAAGUAUUGGCGUAUAACGAAAUUAACAGCAAUUAUAUUAUCAAGACAUAUGGCAGUUGUAUAGUGAAUGAUAUAAAAAAAACAAAAUUUUACCUGCUUACUGAGUAUAUGGAGAAAGGAAGUUUGGCUAAUCUUUUAAAAAAUGAGCCAGAUUUAUCAUACAGAUGCCGACUGUCCAUAGCAUGCAAUAUAGCAUCUGGAAUGAAAAGAAUACACGAAAAACAUUAUAUACACAGAGACAUUCGACCUGACAACAUAUUCGUAAACAAAAACUAUGUAGCGAAAAUUGGCGAUAUGGGAAUUGCUAGACUUCAAGAUAAGUUUCAAAAUCACACUGUAAUAGGACCAGACCGAUACAUGCCAGAUGAGUUUCGUACUGGAAAUUAUAAUGAAAAAGUUGAUGUUUAUACAUUUGGGUUGACAAUGUACCACUUAAUUACUGGUCAAACUCAUGCAUUUGAAAAUAAUAAAGUAGAGCUUAGCGAAGAACCUAUAAUAUUUAGUAAACUGAUUCAAAAAUGCUUAGAAAAUGUUCCGAAUGACAGACCAACCGCAUCGAUGUUAGAAAGUAAUCUGGAACUGCAUUACAAAGUUUUAUAUGCCGUUAUUUCAAAAGGGACGGGGUAUUUUUUCUUACCAAAAAAAGAACGUACUAAAAUAUGUAUAAAAGUAUGUAAUUUGGUGUCUGAACUUCUGUUCAACUAAA